AUGGAGGGUCAGCCAGGUGCAGCCGCAGAAGACACCGCGAAUGCUAUAAUUGCCACAUUGAAUGCGUUAAGGGCUUCCGUAGAAGAGCUUAGACAAAGCACUGCGGAGAGUCAAAGAGACAUCAUUAGGCUUCGCGAAGGCAUGCAACCACAGAAUGUUCCAGAACAGAGCGUGCAGCCAGCACAGCGUGACAAUACUCAAGCCGUCGUAUCACCGACCGACUCGCAAAUAAAACUUUACGAUUUGCCUGUGUUCAGCGGCAAUGUCAAAGACUGGCCGCUAUUUUUCGCGAAUUUCAACGACACCACGGAAAACUUUGGAUACAGCCACCGCCAAAACCUAAUGAGGUUGCAGAAGUGCUUAGUUGGUCCCGCCAAAGAAGCUGUCGCCGCCAUGCUAAUUUACCCGAGCAACGUGCCGAACGUCAUAAGCGAGUUGGAGUUCAGGUUCGGGCGACCCGGAAUUUUGGUUAAAUUCCAAAUCAGCAAACUGCAGAAUUUCCCGCCAAUAGCCGAUAAUAAGCCGGAGCAGAUUGUACCGUUUUCCUCAAGAGUGAGAAAUGUUGUUGCAUUUCUGAAGUCUGCAAAUUGCCAGCAGCACUUAGCCAACGUAACAUUGUUAGAGCAAAUGGUGGGUAAGUUACCGCAUACCCGACAGUUCGACUGGGCGAAGCAUGCUGCGACUAUACAACCGUAUCCAUCAGUUGAACAUUUUUCUGAGUGGCCGACAAACAACACACAGGGUGGCAGGCAGACUGCAUCGUCGGGCAAUCAUCGUCGGCUGAUGCAUAUUGAGCGGCCAAGGGACUCACUUGCUUGCUAUCAGUGUAGUGGUAACCACAUGCUUGCACAGUGUGAAUCGUUUAAGGCAAGCAGUAUUCAAGAGCGGUGGGACCUGGUUAAGGCGCAACAGCUUUGCUUUUCGUGCCUACGCAAGGGGCAUUCCACGCAAAAGUGUCGUUCAAGAAGGAGGUGUAACAUAAGUGGCUGCCAGCGCUAUCACAACCAGCUACUCCACAACGAAGAUGCAACAAUGCAGAUGCUACGCCGAACUACACCAGAGGACGUCAUUGCGCAGCCACUACUGAAUUGUCAAGUAACACAAAGCGCACAUGGUCAACUGUUUAAAAUAUUGCCAGUCAACAUAUAUGGACCGAAAGAUAAGCGUGAGAUAUUAGCGAUGUUCGACGAGGGUUCGUCAAUUUCAAUAAUGGAAGAGGAAGUGGCCAAGAUGAUCGGAGCCCAGGGUGGCUUGCAUCCACUUACGCUGCAGUGGUAUGACAACAACGUUGUUACGGAACAAUCGCAUAAAAUCAGCAUCGAAGUUGAGAACUACGCAACGAAGAGGAAGUUUCUACUGAGGGAGGUAUAUACGGUGAAGAACCUGAACCUGCCUAAGCAAUCUAUGGCCAAGGAAAAUUUUCAGCAUUUGAAAGAUUUGCCGAUAAAAGACUACUGUCGUGCGAAACCAGCUUUGCUCAUCGGGCUAAAGCAUGCAUACCUGGGUGCGACCUCAGCAACAGUGCAAUCCGACAUCGACAGCCCGCUAGCUGUAAAAACGCCACUAGGCUGGGUCGCGUACGGCCCAACCAAGCUACCUACAACCUUGAACCCCCGUGUUUUGUUGGUGAAAAAAUAUCAGCAACUGCACGACUUAGUACACCAGUACUUCACAGCAGACAGCUUUAGAGUCAACCCGCCAGCAGUGCCAUUGGAGUCAGAUGAAGACCAGCGAGCACGUGAUAUAUUGCGCCGAACAACAAGACGAGUAGGUAAGCAAUAUGAAACCGGUUUACUGUGGAGAACAUAUCCACCGAAGUUGCCAAACAGCAAAACAAUGGCCGAGAAACGCUUACUGACAGUGGAGCGCCAAAUGAAGAACGAUGCCGAGUUUGGUGCACGAUACCGACAGGAAAUGGCUAAGUACGUGAGCAAAGGGUAUGCCAGAAAGUUAAGCCGUGACGAAGCCGGAGAGCCACAUCAAAAUGCUUGGUACUUACCUCACUUCGCUGUAUUCAAUCGACAUAAGCCCGAAAAGACGCGAAUCGUCUUUGAUGCCGCAGCCGCAGUAAGCAACGUGUCACUCAACUCGCAACUAAUGAAGGGUCCGGAGCAAGCACAGCCGUUGAUACAGAUUUUGCUACAAUUUCGCCAAGGACGUGUCGCAGUGUCAGCAGACAUACGCGAAAUGUUUUCGCGGAUCAAGAUACGCGCAGCUGAUCAGCACGCUCAACGGUACUUGUGGCGUGAUGGUGAUGCGAGCAAGCCUGUGGCAGAGUAUGUGAUGACGUCGCUAAUUUUCGGUGCUGUUUGCUCACCCUGCAUCGCCGAAUAUAUAAAAAAUAAAAACGCCAAGGAGUAUCGGGCACAGUUUCCAGACGCCGCAACGACUAUAAUUAACAAGCAUUAUGUCGAUGAUUUAGUUGCAAGCUUCGACACGCCUGAACAAGCCAUCAGUAUCUGCAGCGACAUUGUUAGCAUCAAUUCACAAGCAGGGUUCGAGUUACGUAACUUCGUCUCCAACUGCGAAGAAGUAGAAGAUCGUUUGAAUCAUUCGUCAUUAUCCACGAGAGAAGUGGUUAGUCUGGAACGCAACGAGUCAGUGGACAAAGUGCUUGGCCUCUUCUGGAACACUAGAGAUGAUGUUUUCGAAUUCCACACGAAGUUCCACCGUUUGCCGAAAGAUGUCCUGCACGGAAUGCGAGCUCCGACAAAGCGAGAGUUGUUACGAAUCGUAAUGUCGGUGUUCGAUCCAUUUG